GGCUAAGCUCCAAGCAGGCCAUUGCAUCAUACUUUGUCGCUGAUACAUAAUAUGGAUCUUUAGAGUGGAGGAAGACACGGUAUUUUGGCCAUAAAUGACAGCCAAAGGGUCAUAACUUUUAAAGUUCGUCCUUCCCUGGCUUCAGACGAACCGGACAUGUCGUAAAGUACACUCCGCUUGAGAAAGGAGCUUUAGUCCUGGAUGUGAUCCGUAUUACGUGCUCGUACGCACGCGUGAAUGAGAGGGACAUGUGGACGAGUCACCCUGCUAGGGGUCAGGCUUCAAUGCACAGCAGCAGCCGGCCAAUCAUCCGAACAUGAAUCCCGGGAAUAAGCCAGAAAGAUCCACCUUAAAUAUGGACUCCGCCUCCAAGCCUGACGAUUCAGACGCUACAUUAAGACGUCCAAUGAAUGCCUUCUUGCUAUUCUGUAAGCGCCAUCGCAGCAUUGUGAAGAAUGGCCACCCCUGGCUUGACAACCGAUCCUGCACCAAGAUGUUGGCUGACAUGUGGGCAGUCUUGGACUGGGAUGAAAAAACCAAAUACCUUCAGCUGGCUAGAGAAUGCAAGCUGGCAUUCAUGAAGGCACAUCCUAAUUAUAAAUGGUGUGGCUCCAGUAAGCAGAAUGCCAAAGGUAGCAGCCCUACAAUGCGAACGCGGAACCGCUCACCAAGCAAGCACGUGCACAAGCCAGGCAGUGGAGUCUGGUCGCCAGACAGCUGGUCACAGCACAAAGCUCCGUCAUCUUCAAGUCAGAUUUCCGCCGGGAAACUUGCUGAUCCAUGUGAUAUGGGAGGAUUGAGUUUAUUACUACUCGCUGGUGAGCAGACAAUGAGUAAAUCAACCCCUGUGAGUCAGCCAGAAGCCAAGACAUCUCCAUCACCUCAGUCCCCCAAGUCCAAGCUCUUUGAGUUUGCCGAGAUGUGCUCAGAUCAACUUGACCUUGAGUGCAAGCCCACACAACCAACCUCCCAUGAUGAACCUCCACCUCUCUACAAGAAUGACUACAAUGCCAACUUUACAUUGAUUGAUGAGACAAGCUGCAAGAAAGUAACAGGUGGCAAACUGGAAACAUUUGGUGGAGAGAACCAGACAGUUCAUCCACCAAACAGAGCUACAUCAUGUGCUACAGAUCCCAUCAGUCAUGAGCAGAAAAUGAAUGUAUUUUGCACAGGGGAAACAACAGAUAAUGACUGGAUACAGUCACCUGCUAAGGACACACCUGUCACUAAUGGGAGUAAAAACCCACCAAGAUUAACAAAGAAUGUGGAAGUGGAACCGUGGUACAGUUCUUGCCAGCAAUCUGAUAAGUUCAGUACCCUUGGGUCCACAGUGCCAUGUAGCACUGACGAAGAUCAUUGUGAUGAUGUAUUAGACUUGCCAUCAAGCAGUGAUGGAGGGGACUGGAUGGAAGAACAAGGCAUAAGAAGGACUUCUUCAAGAUCCUGCAAGGGACGCCUCUACAGAGAAUUUGUCAUGGAAGGCAUGUUGGAGUCCCUGCAGAGACCGGAGCGGCCAUUCAACUGCAAGAAGUCAUGGAAGCAGCCAGACGGAAGCAGCCUAAGUGAUGGCGAUGAUGUCGUCUUUGAGCCCAACCCUGACAAACCGAGGCGUGGUAGCCGAAGAAAGAUCCGCGAGAGAACCGUCAGUGGCUGUGGCUCACUGCCCAACUCACUGGAUUAUGACUAUGGUGAGAUUGAUGUGGAGGCUCGCCUUGCUUGCCUUCCCCAAUACUCACCUGAUCAGUUCAAACCUAAGGGAAAAUGCCAUCGUCUCAAGAAAUCCACCUGUCUCUACAAGAAUGCCACAUUCAUCAAGAAAGAAGGCAAAUCUUCCCCCAGACGUGCAUCCAAAGAGCAAUCGUCAGGCUUCUGUAGUUCAAGGCGGGAUCAAUUAGCUGGAAGCCGCAAGCGCAAGGCCCCCAAAUCCAGUAUUCUACACCUGACUUUGUCAGACAGGGACCGUUCAUGUCAAGUCUCAGCAGGUAUCUGCAGCAAUCUUGGUCAAUUUGUCAUCAGCAAUCAUCAGCAGAUCAGAGAGAGGGGAGUUUCAUCAUCAUGCAAAUCCUCGUCAGAUGUCAGCAAGCAGCCAUCACAGAUACAGACAACUCGGAAUAAGGCCAGCAGUGGAGAAAGUGUCAGUGUAUCAGGGAUUGAAACCUCAGCAUAUGUAAGCCCAGUGAUAGUAGAUUCCCAUCACCUGCCAAGAACCACCAGCCAUGUCAUCACAGCUGCUUCCUCAAUGCAUCGAUCAGUACUCACCGUAUCCUAGUAACAGUCAUUGUGUGCUUAAAUCACAGAUCUCAUCUGGUGAAUUGAUUGCAUAAAGGCAUGAUGUGUUGUAUUCAUGUACAUGUAUACCUACUGCAAUAAUGCGCUUGAGCCAUGUCACGUAAGAAUAGGUCUUGCUUUUGAGUCAAGUGAGGGUGUUGUAAGGGUGUAGGUUUAAAGAAUAUUAAAGACUAGUUGCUCAGUGUCAACAUCUCAUCUUACUUCUGUAACCUUACAUUUACAUGUUCAUCUGUUUGUUUUUCCAGUUGCAUCAUUAUAGCGCCCUCUUUUGUCCAAAAGUGUAAGGCCUUGCUGUUGAGAUCCUGGAUUUGGAUCUGAAUUCCGAAUUCUAAAUCCUCAUUUGUAAGAAAUCAUUGAACUUUGCUUUACCUGAUUCCUUUCCCAUGUCAUUCAAUGCCUGACACAUCAAAAUGUGUCUUAAGCACCUUGAUCUUGGAGUGUACGAUGUCGCUGGUUCUCAUUGAUGACACUGCAAAGCAGACCCCCCCCUCCCCAGCGUUUGGCUUAUGUUUAUAGAUUCUGUAUAUAGCUUUUAUGUAGUCAAAGUCUAUUCCUUUUUUUCAUGUGUCCCUUCAAGCUUGCCAGGUAUUUUAAUUAAUUUAAAAGGAGAUGCCUGUAUAUCUGCAUAUGAACUGUAAAAGAUGACAAUGUAAGACAGCACAUGUACAGAUGAAUAAUUAACCAUGACAUUUAUACACAUCUAUUUUAGAGAUGUGGGGUAAGAAUGUUGUAGCGAGUGUGAGAUACUCAGUACCUGUUCUUUUUUACUUUUUGUCCCGUUGUUAAAUUACCCACAACCUCUCUGCAGAUGGCUUAAGUUUGUUGGAGGAAGUACAGAUGUGGCGAAGCAUUCUACAUUGCCUAAAGGAAUUUCCUAUCUGCAUUCUAGGUGCACAUGUCAUGUGCACAUGGUAGUGUUGACCUGCAUUACUGUUCAAACAAAACUCUAUCCAGUGACCGCUCAAGAAAAAUGUUACUGAAUUAAUCGGCCCUAUGAGGGCAGCAGUGAGCAGAGUGAGUGUCUUCAUGUUGCGGGGGAAUCAGGUGCAUAGCAACAGUGGCUGUCAGUAUAGGGCACUUGUGAAGUGCAUACAGGGCAUUUGAAAUUCUUGUGCCAUACUGGAUGAACACGUGGAAUGCAGAUAACCAACAUGCACAUGUUCAUGAGCAGGAUUUUUACCAGGAGCCAAACUAGUAAAUCUUUGAAGACCAUCACAUACAAGACCCCUUUAUAAAACCAUCAUGAGAUCAACACACUUCAGUCUUCAUUUAAGGCACGAGUUAUUCAAAUGAACUGCAACACAAACAUUGCUUUGUGGUUGUUACCCUUUAACUUGUGACUGGUCUUGUGUCUGGUCUUACGUUUUGUCUUGUGACUGGUCUUAUGUCUGGUCUU